GAGACCCCGGAAGUGGAUGUGAAGCGCAACAUUAUGUACAAGGUUUAUUUUGGUUCGUAUUUGUCAGGCGCGCAAUGACGCCUUUCCACUUAAGUACAGCCGCGCGCUCUUUGCUAAAGUAUUAUCGACACAGGGCAGUGUUAAAAACGGUCCAGAGACUCAGAGUGUGGGAGUUCAGAAACAUGUAUCUAUGUUCUUCCAUCGCAUGGCACAACAGCAUGGAGGAGAUCCUGAAAAAAACAGUGGCCACAUUUCCCAGCUAUGAGAUGAGAGACAAGUCUCCACCUCCACCUGAAUCCAACAGUCUGGAGUUCAUGCAUUUCUACAAAAGUUUAGAGAAAGAUCAAAAACUGGAGUUUCUCGAGAAGUUGUCUUAUGAUUUCGGGGUAGAUCACAGAUGGGCUUCGGAUUUGGCUGCGAAGUUGCUGGACACUCAAGUGCGGGAUGUGGCCACCAUCCUGCAGGUGGAGGACAGGUUACGGUACAGUUUAACACCCCGCUACCGACAGCUGCUCACGCACAUCAGCAGGGUUCAGAGCGGGGUGAAGUUCCUGGUGGACCUCAGUGCAGAUCUCAUCGAGUUAGCGUCCACAAAAAUUACUGACAGCCCACAUAUGAGGGAUCUGAACAGCAACCUGAAGGGUCUUCUGUCAGAAUGGUUCUCUGUUGGGUUACUCCGACUCGAAAGAAUCACUUGGCAGUCCCCAUGCGAGAUCCUUCAGAAGAUCAGCCAGUACGAGGCAGUCCAUCCUGUGCGGAACUGGACGGAUAUCAAGCGCAGAGUGGGGCCAUACCGGAGAUGUUACGCUUUCACCCACGCCUCCAUGCCUGGAGAACCACUGGUGGUGCUGCACGUUGCCUUAACUGAAGACAUAGCAAAUAAUAUCCAGGGAAUUGUAAGAGAGUUUUCCACUCUAGACACGGAUGAGGAUGUGAACAAGAUCAAUGCGGCCAUCUUCUACUCCAUCUCCUCCACUCAGGCUGGAUUGCAGGGGGUGGAGCUUGGAAAUUACCUCAUCAAGAGGGUGGUCCGAGAACUGCAGAGUGAAUUUCCUCACAAUGCCCAGUUCUCCAGUCUGUCUCCCAUCCCUGGCUUCUCCUUAUGGCUACAAGGGGCUCUCGGACAGCACAGGAAGGAGGGACGUGCUAUAGAGCUUCUGUCUGAGCAGGAGUGGAUGGAGGUGGAGGAUGUGACUGGAGCCGCCCCUGGUGCCCCGGCCCUGGAGGCCCUGCGCAGGCUCAUCAGCACCAGCGAGUGGAUCCGCUCCGACCGCCUGAUCCGUGCUCUGGAACCUGCCCUAAUGCGGCUCUGCGCCUGGUAUCUGUACGGAGAGAAACGGCGGGGCUACGCCCUAAAUCCUGUGGCCAACUUCCAUCUUCAGAACGGCGCCACCAUGUGGAGGCUGAACUGGCAAGCGGACACAAGCCCAAGAGGGAUCGCCAGCUCUUGCGGCAUAAUGGUUAAUUAUCGCUACUUUUUAGAAGAGACCAGCACUAAUAGCGCCACCUACCUGCAGAAUAAAGUCGUCAAGGCUUCGGAGCAGGUGAUGGGACUGGUGUCACAAUUCCAGAAGAACAGCAAACUCUGAUUCUGCAAUGGGACAAAAUGUGUUGGCACUCAAAUUCAGAGUUAUAAUUCUGGACAACUCUAAUCAGCACAGGGAGGGUUAAACAAGCCCUAUAUGGAUCUAUGACUGAAGCCAGUAUGUGUCAUUCAUUGUCAAUUUCAUUGUUUGUUCAGAAAUUGACAAUUGUGCUCUGAAUAAUCCAAUAAAUAAUCCAAUAAAUCCAAUUUUAAAGGCAUAGUUCACCCAAAAAAAGAAAAUUGUCAUCAUAUACUCACCCUUAAGUUCCAACCCUGUAUAAUGUUUUUUUUUCUUUUUUAGAGAAUCGUCUUUCAGCUGUUUUUUUUUUUUUUUUGUAAUCCAUAGUAGUUCACAAUGACGGCAUAAUGUCAGAGAUAAAACAUUAUUACAAGUAUUAAAGUAGUCCAUAUGAUUUAGUCACUAUAUUCUGUGAAGCCGUACAACUUUUUGUGAAGAAUAAAUUGAAAUGUAAAUAAUUUUUUUGCUCUCAAAUCAUUCAUGCAAAUCACUUAUGGCUCAGGAUUGAUGUCAUUACAUGCAAGAACCAAUGACAUUUGAUGCUAUUGAUGUCCAACCUGCAUAUUUGAUUUGUAAGCAAUAAUGACUUAAAUAGCUUGUUUUAUAAUAUUACGUUAUCUUAAGAAUACUUUACAGUUCACAAGUUAAACAGACCAAUUUCUUUUUGAAACUUGACACACUGUGAUCACUACUGUUGUAAAAAUAUACAACUUUAUUUUGAGAUGGCCUACACUGAAAAUGAAAAUGAAAAUGCAGUUCUGUAAGUGAGUCAGGAGUUUAUUCAGUAUUCUGAAAGCAUUUGAAAGCCUUGAAUCGGCAUUUGUUCAGAAAUCAAGAUACUCUUUGUGUUGUAUGGGUUUUAGCAUGCAGCUUGGAACAGAACUAGAGAGGAAGAUACAUUUUCUUGCCAUUAUUUUGCGGUACACAUGGAUAUGGGAUUUUGGGAUCUGAUGUAAAAACGAGUAAAUAUAUACAAUUUAACUAUAAAACUUAUUACACACAAUACAUGUAAAAAGAGUUAUCUGUAUAACAGGACACAGUUUAGAAGGACAUGAGGGUGAGCAAAUGAUGACAAUUUCCAUCUUUAAGUCAACUAUCCCCUUUAUUAGGAGAUUCCACUUAUUUUUUUUUUUAGAUGUGCCAAAACUCCACUAAUUUCAAGCAAGAAAAGGAUAAUUGUCCAAAUGAAUCUAUUUUCCUUAGUCCUUUUAAGCAGUGCUUGAGCCUUUGUUUGAUUAUCCGGUUGCUGAUUUUGAUGUGGACUUAUGCUACACUCUGAAAGACUGGGGGUAAUGAAGCAGGAAGAAUCUAUCAGCCCCUGUCAUGUCUUUGCCUUCUCAGCGUGUGUAUGUAAGAGAGCGUUCCAGCACGACUGAGUGGAAGCUGCUGUAAUAAAUGAUGCUUUGAUUCCUUCA